CCCGUCCCGCCCGGUUGUGGAGCGGUAGCCAGCGCAGGGAGUGCCCGGCCCCGGGAUGUGAGGGAAAUACUGGCACUAGGUCAGGGCUGUCUGGUCAAUCAAAGCCAGCUGGCCCAGAGGGGAAGGCUGCUUCCCACACUGAGGCUGUCCCUAUCUGUGUAUUCUGUCCCUAUGCACAUGGAAGGCCCCACACAACUCACCUGUACCAGCAUGUGCCGGAGACACGCUGGCCCAUCGUGUACUCUCCUCGCUACAACAUAACCUUCAUGGGCCUGGAGAAGCUGCACCCGUUUGAUGCGGGAAAAUGGGGCAAAGUGAUCAGCUUCCUAAAAGAAGAGAAGCUUCUAUCAGAUGGCAUGCUGGUGGAGGCACGGGAGGCCUCAGACGAGGACCUGCUGGUGGUGCACACAAGACGCUAUCUCAACGAGCUGAAGUGGUCCUUUGCUGUCGCGACCAUCACAGAAAUCCCCCCUGUCAUCUUUCUCCCCAACUUCCUUGUGCAGAGGAAGGUGCUGAAGCCCCUUCGGACCCAGACAGGAGGAACUAUAAUGGCGGGGAAGCUGGCAGUGGAGCGAGGCUGGGCCAUCAAUGUGGGUGGCGGUUUCCACCACUGCUCCAGCGACCGAGGCGGGGGUUUCUGUGCCUACGCGGACAUCACACUUGCUAUCAAGUUUCUGUUUGAGCGAGUGGAGGGCAUCUCCAGAGCUACCAUUGUUGAUCUUGAUGCCCAUCAGGGCAAUGGGCACGAACGGGACUUCAUGGGUGACAAGCGUGUGUACAUCAUGGAUGUCUACAACCGCCAUAUCUACCCUGGGGACCGCUUUGCCAAGCAGGCCAUCAAGCGGAAGGUAGAGCUGGAGUGGGGCACGGAGGAUGACGAGUACCUGGAUAAAGUGGAGAGGAACCUUGAGAAAGCCCUCCAAGAGCAUCCACCUGAUGUGGUGGUGUACAACGCAGGCACUGAUAUCCUCGAGGGUGACCGCCUUGGAGGGCUGUCCAUCAGCCCACAGGGCAUCAUGAAGCGGGAUGAACUGGUGUUCCGAGUGGUCCGUGGCCGCCAGGUGCCCAUCCUCAUGGUGACCUCGGGCGGUUACCAGAAGCGCACGGCCCGCAUCAUUGCUGACUCCAUCCUUAAUUUGUAUGGCCUGGGACUCAUUGGGCCUGAGUCACCCAGCAUCUCAGCGCAGAACUCAGACACUCCUCUGCUACCCCCAGAGGUGCCCUGACUGCACUGUCCUUCUGAGUGGCUCCCUGCCUGCCUCCCCCCCAUCCCCCCACCCCUCAGUAGUUCUCCUUUACUAAUCACAUGAGGCAGUGAUGGUGAGGGCCUGUCCCUUGCUGGGCCUGCCUUAGGGGCCUGGUGGGCAGCUCUUCCACUCCUCACUGGGUAUUGGAGGGUCUCCAGGCCUCUCUGUAGGUGGGGGCAGAAGGCAGGGCCUGAGUCCCAGGAAGGACAUUCAUGGGGUCAUGGGUCUGACUAGGCCCUAUAGAGGCAGGCAGUUCAACCAAGGAGGGAGGAGGGCAGGUAAGGCUCUGGGGGCUACAAGAAGGGCCCCCAGGGGUCAGGGUGCUCUGGUUUUCAAAAAAAUCAGACCCACGUCAGAGCAGGGAAGUUUCUAUCACUACCAAGAUUGGGCUUCUCCCUCUUAAGUCUAGUGAUUUGCUCCUUCCACUUUUGCCUCAGGCAGGGCACGAGAACCUAGGGAAGACCAUCUGGGUGGCCUGAGAGCUGAGUACUGGAGCCAGGCCUCUGGGGUGGGGGUGGAGGGGUGCUGGAUUCCCAGUCAGCAGGCAGGAGCCCUGGUCCUGGAUAUGAGGUGCCACAGGGAAAGGGUGGAAGUCAGUUUUCCAAUCUGGCAUUCCACUUCAAAUAAAGCAAGGACUGGACCCACUCUCCCAGAGCUCCUCAGUGGUGGUAAGUGAAGGGGAGGCCUGGGGAGUCCCAAAUCGCUGCUUCACAAUGGGCUCACCUGUUAGUGAGAGGGGCAGUUUUGGAAAGAGCACUUGGCUCAGGGCCUCAGCACUGGAGGCUUAAUGGGCUGCUGACCCCAGUGGGGAGGGGGCAGGGGAAGAUAAGGCCCAGAUGGGGAAAUUGGGGAUGGGGCAGGUGGCCAAGCUAGGUCCUGCAGGAACUGAGGCGCUGGUGAGGCCAGGCUAGGGUUUCUGGAGGGAGAGCAGAGGAUCUCCAUCCCGGCCUGCAGGUUGUAAGGGUGGGGAUUGGGGGUGGGAACAUGGUGGGGCUGCAGCCUUCACUGGCCUCACCCAAAGUGCGCAGGGCCCUAAUUGCGCUCUGUGUCUAGGGUCCCAAGUGGGCCCUAACCUUGUCCUCAUCUGUACUCUGAAGGGGACACUUAGGCUUCCCAGGGCUAGGCAGAGGGAGCAUCCACUCCCCCAUUGCCUGGGUGUAUUCUUAAUGGACAAAAGUGGGACUGGGGAGGAAAAGUGGGUCACCUGAAGCGUACUAGUCCCAGAUCAACCCCACUUAUGGGACUCGUGUUCAUUACCAUCUGGGGGUGCUCUCGCAUUCUCCUCCUUUCUCCUUCAUACUCUCUUGCCCCUCCCUCUGGAGUGCGGGCGGGGGACGGGGUAAGUGUUCCAGGAUCACGAACUGUCAAAAAUGCUGACUUGCUGGACCAGACCCGAGGUACUAACUACACACUUGGAUGCCCCCUCACUUGCUCCCUGCCCUUGCCAUUGGUCUCUGUACCUACCUUGAGGUCCCUAACAUCCUUUCAUCUCCAAUGCGGGCCUGUGACAUCUGGGGAAAGGCAGUGGAUGCGGCUUGUCACUGUUGAGCUUCUGUUUGUAGAGAACCAUAAAGGCUCUUCUUGAUUGGACCAAACCGCUGUGUGUUCUUGAGAUGUUGAAUCCCUCCCUCCUAUGGAUAAAAGGAAAUAAAGAUUUAUUUAGCAUGAGGCCUGA